AUGGAGUACAGGAUUAGUGAGAGCUACGGUCGCGCCAAGGAGACACACGCACAUACGCAGGCCCUCUGGGAAAAGGAGAUCCGCCGAGCCCGCAAGGAGACGUUCAAGACGCAGUCCAUCAACGUCAAGCUGCAGGAGGAGCUCAAGACGGUCCGGGCCGCUGUCAAGACUCUCGAGGAUAGUGUGGAGCGCGAGAGGGAGCGUAGCCGCGUCCGCGAGCAGGAGGCCUUCGAGGCCAGGUACCAGAUCGUCGGCGUCCAGGAGCAGCUCGAGGCCGCUCUGGCCCGCAUCAAGCUCGUAGAGCAGGAGCGCGACGCAUUCAAGACGGCCGCCAAGAAUGAGGGGGUGGCUCGCGUCGCUGCCGAGGGCCGCAUCCCUCUGCCGCUGCAGGACCCCACAGACGAGUUUGCCUCGCCGCCCAAGAAGACCCGGCCUGCGGGAGGCUCCCCACCUCCGCCGGCCGCCCUCAGCUAUAGCCAGGGCCAGAAGAAGAGGAAGACGGGCAGUCGGCAGCAGCCCCGCUUCUCCCUCUCCUCCGUCGAGAUCGAGUCGGAGCUCGCCACCGAGAUGGAGCUCGAGCAGCUCACCAACCAGGUCCUGUGGGAGAGGCAGAGGGCCGACCGAGCGGACGAGAUGAUUGAGUUCCUCCAGGCCGAGUGCGAGAUGAAGAUCUGCCCCUGCGGACGGUCCAGGCCGCGCCCUAGUCCCAGGGCCUCCCCUCGCCUGGCGAGGGAGUCGCUCUCUGCCUCUGCUCGUACCGUCGAGGCCGAAGGCACCCCUGCUCCCGGUACGCCUGCCACACCUCCACUCCUCCGUCACUCUGUCGAGAGGUCGGACAUACCGACGGAAGACGGAACGUCUCGGCAGCAGCGCCACCGCCACUCGGAGGAGGAUAUGGAGCCGGAGCAGCAGCGAGAGGAGCAGGUGCAGGAAGAGGAGACGGUUAUGCGUGAUACCCUCCCCACCCCAGUCCAGCAGCAGCAGCAGCAGCAGCAGCAGGAAGCCGACCUGCACCGUGAGAUCGAUGCAGACCUUGCCGUUCCAAAGGCUAGGAAGAGCUCCCGCCGUAGCACCCUGUUCUACCCCAAGGAGGGCAUCUUCCGCACCGUGUCGGAGCAGGAGGCCCAGGCUCUCAAGGCCCAGAAGGAGGUCGAGGUCGUUGCCCAGGUCGAGGAGGAGGAGCAGGAGAAGGACGAGGAGGAGGAGGAGCAGCAGCAGCAGCAGCUAGCCGGGGAAGAGGAGCAGACCGAGCUUGAAGAGCUAGGCCGAGGCCGCGGCUAUGCUAGGACACCGUCUGUCGAGCCCCCCUCGUUUGCCCUCCCUCGCAACCUUUCCCAGCGCACGUCUCUCAUGUCUCUCCUCAACGCCCCCCACAACGCUGACGACGACUUCUCAACUCCCAAGGUCCCCAUGAGCUCGACGCUGUACACGACGGUGACGACGACGGUGCCGGUCCAGGACGAGAAGCCAAUGUUCUCUUCGACGUCGUCGCUGCUGGCGGACAAGCUGCGCACGCCCUCGAGCGGCGCAAAGGUCAGCUUCGACGCCAACAACCCCGCCCUCACGCCCACCAUGACGCGCGAGCAGGCCCUGGCCAAGAUCCGGGAGCGCAGGGGUCGCGCCCGCAGCGCGGAGAAUGCCAAGGCCACACCGGCGAACAAGAAGAUGGAUGUCAAGGGGAGGAGGGAUAUCAGUGCUCCCACGAGGAAGUUUGGAUCCAACAAGUCU